GGGAGACCCCUGACCAGGGCUUAGGCACAAACUGAGUGCUAGAGACCCAGGAGAACCACGGGCUGGGGUGUGGGCCACAGACAACUACACAAGGAAGAGGGGGCAGCCAGUGGGCACAGCAGGUUGGAAAGUCCCCAGAGAGCUGGAGCCAGGAAAACUUGGGGAAGCAACGCUUUUCACAGUCACAACUUACAGGCUGAGGUGAAGAAACAGGAGUGGGCAGUGAGGUGACCAGGCUGGGCUGAAGCUGUUUUAGAUCUUUGAACCUGCAGCAACCGCAGCCAUCCCACCCCGCCUGCAGCUCUAGCCAUGGGAGGACGAGGAGGCUCACUUCUGUCCCUGGAUGGAGGGAUCAUGACUAGAUCCUGGGGGUCCUGCUUGCUCCUGCUUACCAUUUUGCUGGCCCUGGUGGCCAGCACAGACCCAGGCAAGAAUAAGGUCAAGGUGUUGAGGGAAUUAAAAGUGGUCAAUGCCUCAAAUGCCAACGUGAAGCAAUGUCUCUGGUUUGCCAUGCAAGAAUACAACAAAGAGAGUGAGGAUAAGUACCUCUUCCAGGUGGUCAAGACAGUACAAGUCCAGCUGCAGGUUACAGAUCGUUUGGAAUACUUUAUUGAUGUUGAAAUUGGCCGCAGCAAUUGCAGAAAGUUUUCAAAUAGUCCUGAAAACUGUGCCAUUCAAGAGAACUCUAAACUGGAAAAGAAAGUAAUGUGCAGUUUUUUGGUCGGAGCACUCCCCUGGAAUGGUGAAUUCAUGGUGAUGAAGAAACAGUGUGCAGAUGCUUAGGGGGUUCUGGAGCACCCCCCACCACCACCAUCUCUACCUUUUUCUGUGAAGAGAUAAAUGGCAUGCACCGUGUUA